AGAAGAAGAAGAAGCCGAAGAAGAAGAAAACGGUAGUAGCAGAGUGGAUAUGUCCGACCCGGCGGCUCAGGCCCUUCAACCCCGGCUUCUCCAAGCCCAGUCCGCUGGGUCGGCUGGGUCCAAUGUCGCCGGCUCCGGUUCGGGGAGCAGCGACCCGGCCAGACCGGGACUAAGCCAACAGCAGCGAGCCAGCCAGAAGAAAGCGCAAGUUCGAGCCUUUCCGCGGGCGAAAAAGCUGGAGAAACUUGGCGUUUUCUCCGCUUGCAAGGCCAGUGAUGCAUGCAAGUGCAAUGGCUGGAAGAACCCCAACCCACCCACGGCCCCACGGAUGGACCUGCAGCAGCAAGCCGCCAGCCUGAGCGAGCAGUGCCGCAGCUGUGGACAUUCCCUAGCCAAUCACGUGUCCCACCUGGAGAACGUGUCUGAGGAUGAGAUCAACAGGCUGCUGGGAAUGGUGGUGGACGUGGAGAACCUGUUUAUGUCCGUGCACAAGGAGGAGGACACCGACACCAAGCAGGUCUACUUCUACCUGUUCAAGCUGCUGAGAAAAUGCAUCCUGCAGAUGAGCCAGCCGGUGGUAGAGGGGUCCCUGGGCAGUCCCCCUUUUGAAAAGCCAAACAUUGAGCAGGGGGUUUUGAAUUUUGUCCAGUACAAGUUCAGCCACUUGGCCCCCAAGGAAAGGCAGACCAUGUUCGAGCUGUCCAAGAUGUUCCUCCUGUGCCUCAACUACUGGAAGCUGGAGACUCCGACGCAGUACCGCCAGCGCACGCAGAAGGACGACGGCACGGCGUACAAGGUGGACUACACCCGCUGGCUGUGCUACUGCCACGUGCCUCAGAGCAACGACAGCCUGCCGCGCUACGAGACCACGCAGGUGUUCGGCCGCAGCCUGCUCAAGUCCAUCUUCACGGUGACGCGGCGCCAGCUGCUGGAGAAGUUCAGGGUGGAGAAAGACAAGCUGCUGCCAGAGAAGCGCACGCUCAUUCUCACGCACUUCCCCAAGUUUUUGUCCAUGCUGGAGGAGGAAAUCUACGGGGAAAAUUCUCCCAUCUGGGAAGCGGACUUCACCGUGCCCGCUGCUGAUGGCGCACAGCUUGGACAUCAGACAGUGAUCAGUCCGGCUGCUGUGUCGGGCACCUCGGCUCUUUCCAAGGGAUUAAGCGGCGGCUCGUCAUUGGGCGGUCUUGAGGGUCUUGCAGGAUCAGAGCCCAACACAGGAGAGAAGCGUAAACUCCCAGAGGCACUGACGUUGGAGGACGCCAAACGUAUCCGUGUGAUGGGCGACAUUCCCAUGGAGCUAGUCAACGAGGUCAUGAUGACCAUCACCGACCCAGCCGCCAUGCUGGGCCCCGAGACCAAUCUUCUGACGCCAAACGCCGCCCGCGACGAGACGGCGCGUCUGGAGGAGCGGCGCGGCAUCAUCGAGUUCCACGUCAUCGGGAACUCUCUCUCCCAAAAGUCCAACAAGAAGAUCCUGAUGUGGCUGGUGGGACUGCAGAACGUCUUCUCGCAUCAGUUACCUCGCAUGCCCAAGGAAUACAUCACGCGCCUCGUCUUUGACCCUAAGCACAAGACCUUAGCCCUGAUCAAAGAUGGCCGCGUCAUCGGGGGCAUCUGUUUUAGAAUGUUUCCCACUCAGGGCUUCACAGAGAUUGUCUUCUGCGCUGUCACAUCCAACGAGCAAGUGAAGGGCUACGGCACACACUUGAUGAACCACCUGAAAGAGUACCACAUCAAACACAACAUCCUCUAUUUCCUCACCUACGCCGACGAGUACGCCAUUGGCUACUUCAAGAAGCAGGGCUUCUCCAAAGACAUCAAAGUGCCCAAGAGUCGUUACCUGGGCUACAUUAAAGACUACGAGGGAGCCACGUUGAUGGAGUGUGAGCUCAACCCCCGCAUACCGUACACGGAGCUGUCCCACAUCAUCAAAAGGCAGAAAGAGAUCAUCAAGAAGCUGAUUGAGAGGAAGCAGAGUCAGAUCAGGAAAGUCUACCCAGGCCUGACCUGCUUCAAGGAGGGUGUGCGGCAAAUUCCUGUAGAGAGUAUUCCCGGCAUACGAGAGACUGGAUGGAAACCCAGCGCCAAGGAAAAAGUGAAAGAGGUGAAGGACCCUGACAUGCUGUACAACAUGCUGAAGAACUUGCUGGCCCAGAUUAAGACUCACCCGGAUGCUUGGCCAUUCAUGGAACCCGUGAAGAAAUCCGAAGCUCCGGAUUACUACGAGGUCAUCCGCUUCCCCAUCGACCUGAAGACCAUGACGGAGCGGCUGAAGAACCGCUACUACGUGACCAAGAAGCUCUUCAUCGCCGACCUGCAGCGAAUCAUCACCAACUGUCGCGAGUACAACCCCCCCGACAGCGAGUACUGCAAGUGUGCCAACACCCUGGAGAAGUUCUUCUACUUCAAGUUGAAAGACGGAGGCUUGAUAGAGAAAUGAACAAGACAUAGCGGGUGAAAAGUCUGCGUACCAAAGUCACACAUGCGUUUUAUUUAUAACAUUCCGCUUUACGUGGUGCUUCGGAUUCUCAUGUAAAGUCACCAAAAACUGGACCUCGGGGAUUUAAAAGCCACGUUGCCUUCAGUUACUGACACACUUGAAGCGAUCGAGAGAACGACAGCACGACAAGGCUGUGCUCGGUGGAUUAAUCGUGUCUGAUUGCCUAAAUGUUACAAUCGUGCAUCACUGUCACAACACAGCGGUUCUUUUCAAACGUUCAGAUUUGUAUUUUUCAUCUCCACAUUGGUUACGACAAAUGUUUUUCCCCCGACGUCCGCCUGGAGACAAAUCAUCGUGCGUCUGGCUUCAAAAGUUUUGCCGAAACAGUGCUUGAAAUAUGUUUGCUACGCGAGAAUAUUCCCGAUUUGCGGCCUUUAAAUACCUGCAUAAAAAUAGUAAAUCAUGUUUAUUAUAUUCCAGUAAACUCCGUGGCAAUACCAUUAAUGCUUUUUAGGCCUCAAAUGUGGUCUAAGGGAUGUGUGUGUGUGUGUGUGUGUGUGUGUGUGUGUGUGUGUGUGUGUGUGUGUGUGUGUGUGUGUGUGUGUGUGUGUGUGUGUGUGUGUGUGUGUGUGUGUGUGUGUGUGUGUGUGUGUGUGUGUGUGUGUGUGUGUGUGUGUGUGUGUGUGUGUGUGCACGUGUGUGUGCAUUCUUGUACUUCUACCCUUCUUGAGACAUCAACAAGGAAAAGUACCGUCCAUAUGAGGACCGGUGAACAAGUUAGGACCGAAAUCAUGGUCCCAAUACUGAAAACCAUUGCAUCUAAUAGAGAAUGUCUCAUUUGCACCCCUGGUGGUGAAAUCUAUCAAAAUUAGGGUGGUCCCAAAAAGGAGGGAUUUUUCAAAUUGACUGUGUCUGUUUUAAAAGUGCUCCACCUCUGGUCAACAUAUGAAAUAAGUGUGUGUAAGAAAUUGAAAUGCGUCCCCUUUGGCCAAAACGUAUUAAAAAAAAUACAAUAAAUAUGUAUAAAGAGACAUACUGUAAUAACUUGAAAUAAUGAAGAUUGAAAACCCAUUACAAACAAAAAAUUCUAAAAAUAUAAAUUAAAAGCUUACCUUUUUUAUAUUUGCAAAUUAUUAAUGUUGUAAAUACAAAUCUUUAUAUAUGUACAAAAUAUGUACAAAGGGUUGUCCUAAAGAGGUAGGCAUUUUUCGGAGGUCUCAAGAAGGUAACAAAUGCAAGAAUGUAUGUGUGUGUGUGUGUGUGUGUGUGUGUGUGUGUGUGCGCGUGCACGUUGACAUAGACAAAACUUGCCAUGUUUUGUUUUCUACUUGAAAUCAUGAACAAGUAGCUUUCUGUAGUAGCUUUCACGGUUCACACACCAGUUACUGUCACUGUAGUACUGUAAAUGAAAAUAAAGGUUUGGUCUUUUUGGGGUAAACAACUCAAAUGUGUAGGCGUGAUGUCAGGAUAAAAAAAACUUUUUGGACUAGCUUGUCAAAAUAUGGUAAUGCUAGUGUCUGUUAAUAUUCCCAUAAAACAUAAUUUCACACAAAGUGAAUAUGGGAAAACAUUCUACAAGUGAAGUGUUUGGGAAACAAAGUUCACACUAGUUGUGAGCCGGAUCAGUGAGUGUGUGGCGCACUCACCUGCUGUUUUGACUGUUUUAGUGUAUCACAAUGGCGCCAUCUGCUGGAUUAAAACAUCACACUCUAGUCAAUAAAUGGUAAAAAAAUAUAUACUAUUUAUUUAAAUACAUACAUAUAGACUUGCAUACGUAAAAUAUUACUAUUUGUUACUGCGGUAGGCGGCCAUCGUGAAAGUUGUUUACUCUUCUUUGAAAAUUGGACAUUUAAAAAAACAAAAAUCAAGUUUUAGGAUUUCAAAUGUUCAUACAGCAUUUUAUCUAGUCCAUCCAUCCAUUUUGAGGUUGCAGGGGGUUCUGGAGCCUAUUAUCAGCUGCAUUUGGGCGGUAGGUGGGCUACACCCUGGACAAGUCGCCAGUCAAAGCUGUUUAAUGUUCACUUUUGUUUUACUGGUAAACCUGUUCAGUUUUUUUCCCCUUCCAGCAUAACUGAGCCUUAUUUCCAAGUAAGUGUGCACUAAUAAGUUUCACUGUCCUUAUCCGAACUUCCAGCAUAACUGAGCCUUAUUUCCAAGUAAGUGUGCACUAAUAAGUUUCACUGUCUUUAUCCGAACUUCCAGCAUAACUGAACCUUAUUUCCAAGUAAGUGUGCACUAAUAAGUUUCACUGUCCUUAUCCGAACUUCCAGCAUAACUGAGCCUU